AUGGGCCUGAUUGUGCGUCUUUGCAUCUGUCUCUGUCUUUGUCUUCUUUUCUUUGAUAAAAGUCGAUCUCAAUUCGAAUGGAUCGCAUACGAUAAAAUUGAUGAAAUCAUGGACCGAGUCAAUUCGGUCACUGCUGGUAAUUGUUUUAACAAACAACCAAGUGAACUGGUGCUACCUGAAGAAGCUGUCUAUCAAAAACCAUCGAUUGAAAUGCUGAAAAAAGAUAUUAUUAUGAGAAAUCGAACACAAUUAUUACACGUUCGAAAUAUUGCGCAUCGGAAUGCACUUCUUUACAGUUAUUUAUUUCAACGGUUAUUCGAUUUUGAAGAACCGGGUCUUACUUAUAUUCUUCUGCAUAACGCCGCUGAUGUAACGGGUGGUCAGAGUAUGAUCAACGGCUCAGGUAUCUAUUUCGAUCAAGAUAAAUACUAUGCUCAUUGGUAUAAAAACUUCUUUAACAAAACAAUACCGUUGUUUGGUCCAUAUGCAUGGCGUGCAGAUGAUUUCUAUGAUGCGUUCAAUUGGAAAAAUGAAUGGACAAAUCAUACAAUUCAAGAAGAAGAUAUCGGUGCAGGUCGAAAUCAUCAGUAUACAUCACGAUACAAUCGAGGGAACGAAUGGUAUAGUAAAUGGCUGCCAGAUCAAACACGGAAUGAUCAAGGACGAGGUAAACCAGUGCAUACGGUUCAGUUAUUACUGGCCGAACGAAUGUAUAAAUUGCGUGAUGUAGCUCAGAAUAUUGAGUUUUACGGACCACCACAUCCUGAAGAUCCUCAGGGACCGACAUUGUGGACACGUCCGUAUUUCGAUUGUGGUCGAUCGAACAAAUGGAUUAUUAGUGCGGUCUCACCGAUUGUUGACAUCUAUCCUCGACAUACCGAAUAUCGUCAUUUGCAAGCCAUGCGCAAUUUAGCAGUUGCUGUUACAGAUAUUGAUUUUAUUAUGAUGGAUAUCAAUCAAUGUGCUGAAACAGGUCAGACCAAUGCUCAAUCGAAUGAUCCACAAUCGAAACAACCGAAUCUAUUCGCCGCAACGGAUAAAUGUAAACCAACAACACGUUGUGAACCGCUGAUGGGUUUUGGUUUUCGACGUGGUGGUUAUCAAUGUCUUUGCCAACCAGGUUUUCGCUAUCCGCCGUAUCAGGAUGGUCCAUUCAAAGGUUAUGUUAUCGAAAAAGCAACUCAAGAAGAAUAUGCUAAUAACUUCGAUUGUCUCAAAGUUGAACUGUAUCAACAAAUUCCACAAAAUUUCUACCAAUCGAACGUUGAAAUCUUCGCCGCACGUACACGUCGUUCAGCUGAUUCCCAAGCUGAAAUGUCGAAUAACUCAAUCUAUAAUGGUGAUUUAAGUAAAGAUCCAAUUUUACCACCACUCAUUGAAUCCCUAUCACACGUGAAUCCAAUCGCUGCUAUAUCAUCGCCAACUGUCUCUUUACUUAAAUCAUCAAUUCAACAAUUCGCCUUAUUCUCGGGUAAACUUAUAACAGGUUUUGAUAACGAUGAUCCUGAACAUCAGAAGAAAAAGAGUCGUUCAAAACGAUACGCUUUUGAACGUCCAUCACGCGUUGCGUCAGUCAUGCAACUGUACGAUCGUCUCAAUCGUGAUCCAAAUCUUUGUGAAUUAAUGACUGAAGAUCAAUUAACAAUGCCGGGUGAUGUGCUGAAUGACGUGGAUAUUCAAUUCGAAUCUCAAGCACGUUUAGCAUUGACCUUGUCGCACUUUCUCUCGAGUUUCUAUCAAGUUGUGAAUCCAGCAGAAGAUUUCCCGCUUCGCAAAGCUGAACUCGAAUUAACUGACGAACAGUUGAUCGGUGAAGUUCUUGCUGCAGUCGGCGGUGAUUAUAAAGCUGUUGGUGUUGGAAUAUUUUUUGAUCGCGGCAAAUUUCGCAACUAUCGUUUACCUUACUUUGGACCAUACGCUUUUCGCCCGGAGAAAGAUAUUAGCCGGAAAUACACUGUAGUUGAUUGGGCUGGUCUACCUGAUGGAUACGAGAAUGAAAUUUGGUUCCGAACAAUGAAAGCACGAUGGGCAACCAAUGCCGAUCGAUCGGAGUUGACUGAAUUCUGGCUGAAAUUGUUUAUUCGAUCGGACUAUAGUGGUAAUACACUAGUACAUCACGAAUCAGGCUUUCCACUAUAUUCUUACGCACCAGAACUGAAACAUGGCCAAUGGUUUCCACCAACAUUUCAAUGUAGUAGAAACUAUACAUUACCACGUCAAUGGAUUGUGACUUAUGCUGUACCGUUCUUUGGACUUGAUGCACUUGGUAUCAACCUUGAAUUCAAGGGUGUGGUACGAGUUGAUACUUAUCUCAGUUAUUUGGAUAUCAAUCAAUGCUCAAUGCCACAUUACGUACCGAAUGCAUUUAAAGGCAGUGAUCGCUGUGAUUAUCAAAGCACCGUGUGUGAACCAAUCUUUGGCCGUGGUUUCCGUCUAGGUAAAUACAAAUGCCGUUGUCGACCAGGUUAUGAAUAUCCAUUUAUCGAUCAAAAUGACUUCUUCAAUGGUGAUGCAAUGGAUACCCAAUGGGAGGUCUUAAUGAGUAAUAAUUCUCGAAUGUCACGUUUCGAUCAAUUGAAAUGUCGUAUUGCUAUUGCAAGUUCAAUCCAACCUGUCAAUAUCAUUCUUCUUCUAUUCACUAUAUCUUUUGCAAUGUUUGUCACUCGAUAA